UAUAUUUUUAUCAAAACUAUAAAAAGAAAACAAAUAAAGAGCGAUGAAAGGAGAAAAGGGCGGAAGCUUCCGACCGGCCGUUGUCCCUCCCUCCUGACCCGGAGAUCCAACGGUCGUUUAGACACCCGCCCGAACCAGCAAACGGCGGAUCACGAGUCCGAUUUAACUCCCAAUCGUAAAACAAAACGAAAAGCUCCCUAAUUCCCCCCGCCUACUGGCCUCCUCCUCCCUUGCCCCUCGGAUCCGAUCGCGCGAAUCGGAUCAGAGAUCCGAUCUCCGACCUGCCGCCGCGGAGAUGACCCAGUGCCUCAGCUUCACCGCCUUGAGGGACCGGUGCUACGACCGCACCUUCUACGCCGCCGGGCUCCGCCCCACCGUCACCGUCCUCGGCGACGGCGCCACCGUCCACUUCUGGGCCCCCAGGUACCCCGACCCCGCCCGCCCCCCGCUCCUCCUCAUCCACGGCUUCGGAGCCAACGCCAAAUGGCAGUGGGCCGGCUACCUCCGCCCGCUCCUCCGAUCCGGCUUCGACCUCUACGUCCCCAACCUCCUCUUCUUCGGCGGCUCGGAGGCGCCCGGGCCGGACCGAUCGGAGGCGUACCAGGCGCGGUGCCUGGCGGCGGUCAUGGAUGCGGCCGGGGUGCGACGGUUCGGUGUGGUCGGGGUGAGCUACGGGGGGUUCGUGGCGUACCGGAUGGCGGCCAUGUUCCCUGAGAAGGUGGAGCGGGCGGUGCUUAUCUGCGCCGGGGUGUGCAUCGAGGAGCGGGACCUCGCCUCCGGCCUCUUCGUCGUCAGCAACCCCGCCGAGGCCGCCAGCAUCCUCCUGCCCCAGCGGCCGGACAAGCUCCGCCAGCUCGUCCGUCUCUCCUUCUGCAAUCCGCCACGCAUCAUGCCCUCUUGUUGUUUCUGGGACUACAUCCAGGUGAUGUGCACAGAUUAUGUCACAGAGAAAAUGGAGUUGAUCAAUACUCUAAUCAAGGACAGAAAACUUUCAGAUCUCCCUAAAAUAAUGCAGCCAACAUUGAUAAUAUGGGGAGAACAAGAUAAAAUAUUUCCAUUAGAACUGGGUUACCGGUUACAAAGGCAUUUACAGGAGAAUUCUCAACUAGUAGUUAUCAAGAAUGCUGGCCAUGCUGUUAAUCUUGAGAAGUCCAAAGAGCUCUGCGAGCAUAUAAAGGCAUUUUUUCUUAAUUUUUCUGUCAACAGUCACAAAGAUCACAUGGGUUGCAAGCGAAUCAAGCUGCUAAUUGGCAGCUCAAUAUUGGCUCGUUCAGGCUCCGCUCAGAUGGAAAAUGAGCCGAGCUCAAGCAGCUUUUCUAGCAUGCAAAUAUGAGCUGCUUGCAAAAAGAUAUUGAAAUUUAGCAGGCUCAAUAAAAGCUCAGUUCAAGGCCGAGCUUGAACAACCCCUCUACGUAUCUAGCCAAGCACAAGCAGCUCGAUGCCUGGCUCAGCUUGGCUCUGCUCGGCUCUUUUGUGACCCUAGGUCCAUCUGUAACAUUGACCAUUCCAAGUAAUGAAGGUGGAAUAUGGUGUCACAGCCUCAAGCAUCAUCUCAGCAUCCAGGAAUACAUUUGGACACUUGGACUAACAAGCUAGCGUCAUGCUUCUUUUAGAUCAUUCCACAACUAUGUCCAUUAAUUUGUUAUAUAUUGAUAUGCCUGCAUGAUUGAGACUUAACCCAAGCAGAUUAGAUGCACUAAUCAUAUAAUUCUGAUAUUUACAUAAAUGGGUCUCCACGGAUGAACUGAAAAGUUUCUAUUAUUGAAAUGUUUUUAACAA